AUGUUAGCACCACGCCCGAUGUUCAGCAAAUCCACCCAGACGGAUUCGUCAUCAGGCGAGAAGCCGCCGGACACGCUGCUCUCUAUAGACCGUUUCCGCACGCUUCCGAGCACCGUCUGGCUGGCGUUGCUGUCCCUCUUCAGCCCGCUCGACUUGCUGAACUUGGCCGCUGCACACCCGCUUCUCAAGGAUCUCAUCUCCGACUCACCGAAGAAAUGGGGAAGCUUGCAGGCACGCCACAUCUUCGGCGACACAUCCGGCAAAGAACAUGCAAAGGCCUACAAGAUCACGGGCAAGCAAGGGCAACAGUACCUUCUUGCAUACGGCAAUGAAUACGGAUACCUGGAAGCGGAACCCCAUUUCCAAGGAUACAGCGAGAAGCAUUGCACGCCACUGCGUCCCGGUGUCGAUCGUGAAGCCGUGGCUGCUGAAGACUUGUUCAUCCUCAUCAACAAUACCACAUUCGAUCAGUUCGGCAUCGGGAGCGACUGGAGUUUGCCGGCUGCCGAGAAGUACAACAUCUCGCCCCACAUCCAUGCCCACACCGUCUUGUUGCCGAUUCGUGAUCCGAUGGAAGCGUUUCAACAGAUCGGCGCCCUCGAUCCGCGGGGCAUUGCCGUCCACGUGGAACUGGAAGAAGAAGACGCUGAAAGCCUUCAAGAACCCGAAGAGCGUGAAGAGGAUGAAGCAGCUGAAGUCGUCAUCCUUCGCGCUACGAUUUCGGCGAUUAUGCCUAUGCUCCCGGGCCUCGAGAAGUUCUGGGUGUUCUUCGGACGCCACGUCGGCGAGGUGGCCAGGCUGAUCGACGUGAAGGCGCCUACGAUCACCGCGCACUUCACUCUUAUCGAUGGCUGGGCGGACUGGAAACCGGAGAAGAUACUGGUCGACGAGUUCGUCCGUGCGCUCGCCCCCACCCUGCAGCUGAUCAUCGAGCAAUGGGAGAAAGGGAGCCGCCAAAUUGACAACAUCACGCUGAUCUCGCUAUAUCAGCCCGUGACGAGACCGGACGCCUGGGCUGCCUGGUCGCUGAUCGACGCCGGAAUCUGCCGCAUCGCCGCCACGCUUGCCGAGGGCAAGACCGACCCGUACUGCAUCGACUGGGCGAAGUCGACCGAGCCGUUUUGGCUCAUCCGCCGGGGUCCAUUGAGCCGCGAAGGUCUUCUGAUUGGCGUGAGGCGGGAGAGCAUCUUCCUCAUCGGCUGCGACUACAACUUGAGAAGGCAUCGAACCCAGCCGGAAUGCGAGGGAUUCGUCCUCGACGAGGUCCCGUAUCAUGAGGACCUGACGCAAAAGGAGUGCUUGGCGAUUGCACUGGAAGAGCGGGCUAAGGCGAACCCGCCGGACACGGUCCCGAUGCGCGAGCGUGCCAUCGAUCGUCUGCUGUGCCCGCAGUUCGAUUGGGGGCCCCUACCACAAGGCGUACAAGCUGACGUUCGAAUUGCCGUCGCGCGACGACCCGAUUCUCGCCGCCUACCGCGCCCUAUUUGCUGCUCGUCUUUGAAGAAU